AUGGCCGACCAUCAUACACAUCAUGAGUGUGCGCAAGCAAAUGCAGAUUAUUUUUCAAAACGCGCGCAAAGUUAUCGUACUGAACUAUCUGUUGAAAUAGCAAAACGAUGUGCAUCAUUUAUUCUUAAAAAAUAUCCAUUCGAUUCAAAUAAAACUGAAGUACUUGAUUUUGCUUGUGGACCUGGUCUUAUUGCAUUCGAACUUUUACCACAUGCUAAACGUAUCAUUGGUGUUGAUUCAGCACCAGGAAUGGUUGAAGUUUUUAAUCUUAGUGUUGAAGAUCAAGGAAUAUCACCAGAAAAAUUACAGUGUAUUAAAAGUGAUUCUCUCAAAGGUGAUCAAUCUGAUUUUAAUGGAUUACUUUUUGAUGUUAUUAUUUGUGUAAGAGCAUAUCAUCAUUUUGAAGAUCCAGUACAUGUUACUCGAGUAUUUGCUCAACAUCUUAAACCCAAAGGACGUUUGAUGAUUAUUGAUUUUGCUAAUGCUGGAAAUAUUGAAGCAUAUUUUGGACAUCUACAUGGACAUAGUCAUGUAGUUCCUCAUAAACAUGGUUUUUCAUCUGAACAAAUGAUUGAUAUGUUAAAAGCAGCUGAUUUACAAAAUCCGCAAGUUGAGGGAAUUUUUACAAUGACUAAAUCUGAAAUGAAGCAUUAUCAAGGUUAUGAACAAUUUGCCAAAGUAAUGAAUAGUAAUAUUGAUUUUACAUUCCAUUAUUUCAUUGCUUGUGGUGAUAAAGCUUAA